AUGUUAACAUAUCGUGACGGCACUGUUGCACAAGAUAAUCCUUCAUUGAAAUUGUAUCCUGAUUCAUUUUUGAUUCAACUCUAUACAGAUGGGAUUAGAGUUACAAAUACAAUUGGUCCUAAAAAAGACGACCAUAAACUACAAUUAUAUUAUUUUGUUUUAGAAGAUUUACCAGAUGUUGUACGAUCUAUGCUACAAUCGAUGGGUCUUGUUGAAAUAUGCUCUACAAAAUAUUUAUCAUCACAAACCAAUCGUAUAAAAUAUUUUGAACCUAUCGUCAAAGAUUUAAAUUAUUUACAAGCAACAGGUCUGACUGUCAUGACAUUCAAUGGUCGACUACAUUUUGUAUUUAUCUUAUUGGCAGCCGACCAUCUUGUAUCAAAUGAUAUUGGCGGUUUUCAACGUAAUUUUUGGUUCUGGGCAAUUCUGUCGUUUAUGUCACGUAUCAUAUCAAUUUUUAUGUCUUCACCUGUCAAAAGAACAAAAGAAAAAUUCGGGAAAGGCUAUGGAUGUCGUGCAAAAAGAAGUGAAGCUUUAUCUGCUAAAUACAAAUAG